UUGUCCCUAGCUCGUCCUGGUGGUACUGGUAGCGGCCGUUUUAGCUAGCUAGUUGGAUUCGUAUAUACUUUGAUCCAUCUCUACAGAGAAUUGCGAAGAUACCUGCCACUAGCAAGCUACGCUGAGUCGCUGAUAUACUGAUUAGCUAGAAUCAUACAUGGAUAUAUAUCUACAAUUAUAUAUGAGCAGGGGGUGAAAAUAUCUGGAGAACAAGCUUUAACUAAUUCAGCUAUGGUGAGCUCGAGCUUUCCUGCGGAGAUCAUCCACCCUGCCCGCCUGGGUUGCAUGCUGAGGCUGCACGUGGUGGAGCAUCCCACCGGCGACGCCGCCGCGGUCGCCUUCCAGUGCGACGGCUGCAUGCUACCCGGAGAAGGCACGAGGUACACCUCCGUCGUCGACAACCACCCGACACACCUCGCCCUCCACACGAGCUGCGCCCUCGCGACGCCCACGCUGCAGCACGCGCUGGUGAAGGGCACGAUGGAGCUCCGCCACGAGGCCCCCGCCGGCGGCGCCGGCGUUUGCUCCGCCUGCUUCGAGACGGUGCGGGGAUUCCACUACUACGGGUCGAGGAAGACCGGCAAGGGCGAGCACCCGAAGCUGCACCCGUGCUGCGCGAGGCUGCCGGUGUCCAUCGCCGUGCGGGGCGGGCUCACCUUCGAGCUUCGCGCGGAGGUGUCGCACCGGUGCACCGGCUGCAGGGCGAUGGAGUGGUACUACCGCCCUUGGUGCUACCGCUCCACUAAUAGCCCCGACCACCGCGUGUACCUGCACGUCAAGUGCAUCAGGGAGAUCAUGGAAUCUCCGGGCGGCGGCGGAGGCGGAGGCGCCGGUGAUGAAGACGACAGGGUGGUGGCCCGUCUACUGGAGCGCGCUGACCAGAGCAGUAAGCUGGAGAGGCGCGUAUGUAAGAUCCUUGUGAUCUUGGUGCGUGUCGUCGUCAGGAUGCUCAUCGGAGACCCGACCGCGUUGUUGACAGAAGGAGUGAGCGCUAUCGUGUCUCCAUGGUGAUGCUGUAUAUAUAUAGCCCGUGAACGCCUAGCUAGCUUAAGGCCGUAUAUAUGUGCUCGUUUUCUUCGUGUGAUCUAAGUAGUAGUACGUACUACUCCAUAAAGUUAUUUUUGACAACGUAGAAUAUAUAUGGUAUCGUUUUACACUUCAUCUUCAUGGUGGAAAGCUAUUUUAAAUCUACAAAUAUAUAUGGGACUGCCGCCUAUACAUCAUGUGA